UUAGAGGACACGUCUGUUAAAUGAAGUACUGGUCCUUCAUUUACGGCUUCUCCAUCUUUAAACCAGCUGUACCCAUAUGAACCUACUCCACCGUCGCAGCGGUUUUUGCAGCCCUAUAAAAGGGUCUUGGCCAGUGAGUGGUCUCAGAAAGAAGAACCAGCAGCCUCAGUGAGAUAAGGAGCAGCUCAGACCUCUGCUCUCGACAUGGAGAUGACUUCUAAACUUAUGUUUCCUAUCGUGGCGAUUUUCCUUCUCGUCGCCUGCAGUCCGUCGGAGGCUUGGUACAAGCAGGUGGCCGGACCGAACUACUACUCGGUGGGCAGAGCGUCCGGCUUGCUGUCCGGGAUCCGGAGGUCGUCAUCGUACGCAAGGAGAGAAGAAUCCCCCUCAGAGAGCGGAGAGUCUGCCACCAGCAGCGUCUUAUCUCAGUUCCUCUCUCAUAACUCUGUUUUAAAGACGAUGCCUCUUUGCAUUAAAGACAUUACCCCAAACCUGCAGAGCUGUGAACUCUUCCAGGAAACCAAAGGAUCUCUGAAGUGCAAAGCAGAUGUCUUCCUCUCCCUGGACUCCUCAGACUGCGAAGGAGACUGAUUGCUGUCCUUGGAUCAUGAAGCAUAAUUCUUAAAAGGACAUUUAAAAAACAACAUAUGUUUAAUGUGAUGGGUAAUGCUGUUGAUGGAAGUUUGUUUUUCAUGCCCCCUUUUUGCUUGUUUUUUUUUUUUUAUGAUGAAAUAUGUCUAAUUGUUAUCUGGUCCAGUAUUAUUGUUCAUAUUUGAUCCGAGUUUACAUCAAUAAAUGGAUCGUUCUGUGGAUCUAAAACGCAAAUCA